GCCCGCAUCCUCGGCUGCCGCGUGCACAAAAAUGGACCUCCUGAGCGGAAGCUCUCUCGAGAAGAGCAACGAAGAUUUUCUGAACAACCUGCAACAGGCGCAGCCCGCGGCGCCGAAGCCGGCGAUGAUGGCGCCGCCGCAGGCGCCCAACCCCUACCAGAUGCCCAUGGCGCCGAACCCCUACGGCGCGCCCAUGGCGCCGAUGCCCAUGGCGCCGAACCCCUACGGCAUGCCCAUGGCGCCGAACCCCUACGGCGCGGCGCCGCCGGCGGCGAUGGCGCCGAACCCGUACGGCGCGCAGCCGAACCUCCUCGGCAUGCCCGCGGCCGCGGCGCCCGCGCCGGUCUACGCGCCGCCGGCGCCCGCGCCGGUCUACGCGCCGCCGCCGCCGGCGCCCGCGCCGGUCUACGCGUCGCCGCCGCCGCCCGCGCCGAGCGACCCGCGGCUCGCGGCGUACGCGCCCGCGGGCGCGUCGCCGUCGCCGCUCGACGUCUUCGCGUCCGCGCCCGCGGCGCCCGUCGACGAGGCGCCGGCGGCGUCCCUCGGCGACGCGCUCGACGGCAUCGGCGACUUCGUGAGCGGCGGCGGCGACGCCGAGGAGGACGACGCGGACGGCGGCGGCGAGGUCGCGCUCCAGGCGCAGAUCGCCGAGGCCGGGUCGGGCGACCUCGAGCGCUACACCGUCGCCUUCGAGUCCGAGGUGAAGCUGGGCAUGCUCCUCGAGCGGCGCCACUCCUUCACGCCCGGCGACUCGCAGGAGAACCGGCCGGAGCUCACCGUCGUGACGAUGGUCAUCGACGGCGGCGCCGCGGAGCGCAAGGGCGUCGUCGUCGGGUCGAAGCUGCUGGUGAUCAACGGCGUCGACGCGACGAAGCUCCCGUACGCCAAGUGCCUCGACAUGGUCAAGACGCUGCCCCGGCCGCUGACGCUCGUGCUCGAGCGGUCGCGCGCGUCCGUCGACACGGCCAAGGGCUGGUGCCUCGUCCGCAAGUCCGCGGGCACCGUCGCGCCGUCGAAGAUGUCGGCCUGGAAGCGCAUGUACUUCGUGGUCGGGGGCGCCGUCGCGAAGCGCCACGUGCUCCAGCUCUACGCGACGAAGGCGCAGUACGAGGACAUCGUCGUCCGCAUGUUCCAGGGCCAGCCGCUCACGGGCUUCAAGUACAAGGCCUACGCGCUCACGCACGCCUUCAAGUGCUCCAACAUCCAGUCGAAGCAGUACGCCGGCGAGCACACGCCCCUCAAGUUCUUCUGCCUCCGCAACCCCUACAGCCGCACCAAGACCAUGAAGCUCGCGUCCGACAACCCGUCCGUCGUCACCGCGCUCCACACGCACUGCAUGCGCUUCGCGACCAAGGGCUAGGGCGCGGCUCGCCCCGGGGCCGGCGCUCCCCGUAGUUAACUCACCUGUUCAUCAGU